AUGCUCACUGCUUCGCUUCGGUAUACGUCGUUGAAAACGAUCAACCUACUGUGGAAACCGAAGAUCAUGAGGCACGACGAAGAGGUGCCCGUGAGGAAGAAGAAGGAGUACUGGGAAGAAGCAGGGAGUACCGACUGUCGUUCAGCCACUUACCUGAGGCGAGCUUGCCAAUCAGUCGGUGUGGCAGUCGGGCACGAUCGAGAAGACCAAAUGUCGCCCGACUCAGCUCGCAGCCAGAGGAGGCAAACGAAACGUGCCGGGACGGGAGCACCUGCCGACGGCUUGUCUUACGAGAGUCAAUUGUCGACGACUCAGAAUGUCUGGGACCUCAGACGGCAGCCCAUAAUCCUAGAAUUAACGCCGCUGCCGCGGCAGCCGUGUGCCAAUGCCACCUGCGAAGGGGGACAGUUGUGGUGGCAAGUCGAACUAGAAGCAAACUACUCAAGCAACAAACGGUUGAGGAAUCUGAGGCAAGACGGAAGCAGCAAGCAUACGUUGGAAACCGAUACCUGCCGAAGCACCGGAAGCACUGUGUUACCCGGCCGAACCGGGUUGCCUUUCGGUAAAGUGGUGAAGCCAGCUGAAGACCUUCAGAAGACUGACAGCCUCGGCCUGGACCUCAGCAUCGUCGCCGAUGCCGUCGCGAGCGAUGACUCGGUCGGUGGCAGUAGUGGUGGUGGUGGUGGUGGUGACGGCAGUGGAGGGAUUGAUUCGGCUAGCAGCGGCUGUCGGACGAACGACGACGACGACGACGAAGACGAGCAGCAGUAG